UUUCGACACGGCAGUUCGGCGCGUCCGAGCCCACACCAUUUGCAAUCUCUCCAGCAGCCUCGAUUAGGUCUUGCGCCUCUUGGGAAACAAAGCCCUAUCUCUCCAGCCCAGUCUACCACCUCUAUUCCAUCCUCGACAUACCCUUCACAUCAUCAACUUGGAAACGGCGUUCUACAGUCUCAUAGCGCGUACGGAGCACCGUCGCAAGAGCCACCUUAUUAUACCACCCACCCGACGUCAUAUACAACCGCCCCAGCUUCGAACCCAUAUCCCUCAAGCGGACCACCAGACCUCAUGGCAACCACCGCUCAAAUGCAGAGACCUUCUUACCCCCCAAUCUACCACACCCCUCAAUCGAACUCGCCAGCAUCUGUAGCUUCGCAGCCGCAUGAUCAGCAUGGUCGCAACAUGUACACCCAGUCCCCCCAGAUGCCGCCCCAGAUGUACGGCUAUCAACCAUAUUCGCCGAUGAACCCGGUGCAACCGUCGCCUUAUGCAGCGCAUCCUUCCCCUCAACAACACACCCUCACCUCACAAUCUAUGAUGAUGCCCCCUCAGACGACGACGGCACAGAUGUCGCCGCACCAACCAUCACACGCCUCCAACUCCGCGCUAUCCAGCAGCCCGGUCAUGAAAAUGGAUCCGACCCCCCAGUCUGCAUCAGCCCAACGACCAAUGCUGAACCCACCACUCCCAUCACCCUCCAACACUGGUCUACAAGCAGGCGGCAUUCAUCAAACGUCUCCCUUGGGAACGAGCUCGAGUGCCGCCCCAGGCCCUAUCCCAGCCACCACGCCACUAGUGGUGCGACAGGAUAGCAACGGAGUGCAAUGGAUUGCCUUCGAGUACUCGCGGGACCGCGUCAAGAUGGAGUACACGAUCCGCUGCGACGUCGAGUCCGUCAACGUGGACAAUCUCAGCCAAGACUUUAAAACGGAGAACUGCGUCUACCCCCGUGCCUGCUGUAACAAAGACCAAUACCGUGGGAACCGGCUCGUCUACGAGACUGAGUGCAACACCGUAGGCUGGGCCCUCGCCGAACUGAACCCGUCUCUUCGCGGGAAACGCGGACUCAUCCAGCGUGCCGUCGAUAGCUGGCGAAACAGCAACCAGGACCCGCGGCUGCGCAGUAGACGUGUCCGCCGCCAGGCCAAGGUCAAUUAUCGCAAGCAGUCGCUGGUUCCGCCGACACCUCAUAUGCCAGCUUCGAAUCCCAUGGGUCCCAGCUUGGCUAGCACCCCGACGAUGGCUGGGCCUCAGGGUCAGCGGCAUAGUAUAUCUCAUCCGGGCCCUAUGUCGAUGGGACCGCCGCAGUUGCAUCAUCAUCACGCUCAACCGGAUGGUAGCCCUAAGAUUGAGGAAGUUAGCGGCACCACAGACUACACCAAUGCACCCCCGCGUCCCAUUGACUCGAAGCGUCUACCACCCGCACCACUCGCCAGCGACAUUCGAUCCGCCCAAGCCUUCCACGAUGCGACUACGAUCCCUACCUCCGCCAGCAUCGGUCCAUCCAUGCCACCCCUGCUCCGCGAUACCAGCCUCAGCGCACUCAGUCGCCACCACACAAUCGCAACAUCAUCCAGCCACAUGAACAGCACGAGCGGCGAGAUCGAAGAGGUCGACGUCAGCCCCAGCAAUGAAGACCUCUUCGGCCAACUCCCCGACGGCAAACGGCGCACUUUUAUCCUAGUCGAGGAUCCGCAGCGCGGAGCCCGCGUCCGCGUCAAGGUCCAACUGGAUAAAGUCAACAUGGACGAGAUCCCGGAUUCAUAUCGCAUGUCCAACGCGGUCUACCCGCGGACCUAUUUCCCCGUGCAGAUGAAAGAUGCGCCCGGCACGAGCGUCCCGAAUAAGCGCUUCUUCCGUGAUGAUACCGAGCACACGGAUGAUUCCGACGCCACGGUCGGUCGAACGAGUGUUCUGGCACCUUCACUCGAUGGUGAGCGCGAGAUCGACGUUCCCCAGCUCUCGCGCCGUAAACACCAUAACGAAGUCUUGCUGAAUGACCUCGGAUACCGACUAAGUUGGAGCCAGAGCCGGGUGUUUGCUGGAAGGAUGCUAUUUUUGCAGCGAUCACUGGAUGCCUACCGGAAUAAAAUGCGUAGUAGCAUGCUGGCUGCGGGUCAGGAUGCGACCGAGAUUCCGGAGCAUUUUGAUACUCGUAGGGGGAAGAGGAGGUUCUUGGAGCGUGGGGAACGGAGGUUGGAGAUGGAGGGGCGGCCGAGUGCGGCGCAGAGGAGUGCGGAGGAGGUGGAGGGUUGA